CUCGCGGACGCCUACGAGGAGGUCGAGGAGCAGCGGCAGGUGGUCGGCCAGUGGAAGCGCAAGGUGCAGAAGUUGAGCGCCGAGACCAGCGACCUACGCCUGCUGCUGGAGAACCAGAGCUCCCGGAACAACCUGCUGGAGAAGAAGCAGCGCAAAUUCGACUCCGAGCUGCAGUUGCUGCAGGAUGAGCUGAGGGGCGAGCGCCAGCAGAGGGAAAGGUUGUCGAGAGAAAAGGAGAUUGCUCUGGGCGAAAAGUACUCGAUGGAACAGAACCUGAGCGCGCUGCGAUUAGAACUGGAAUUGAAGGAAGAGAAGGUAACCUCACUGUCGCGAGAACUGGACGAGCUGACGUUCGGCGGCAAAACUGAGGAGGAGGUGGCGCAGCUCAAGAAGGCCAAGCACCAGCUGGAGCACAAGUGCAAGGACCAGCAGGAGGAGCUGGACGACCUGGCCGGGCAGGUGCAGCUGCUGGAGCAGGCCAAGCUGCGCCUGGAGAUGUCGCUGGAGCAGCUGCGCAAGGAGCACCGCAAGGAGAUCAGCCAGCGGGACGACGAGCUGGAGGACGUGCGCUCCAACGCCCACAAGAAGGUGAAGGCGCUCGAGGCGCGCCUGGAGGACGAGCACGAGGAGCGGACGCAGCUGGUGCGGGACAAGCACGAGUGCGAGCGACGACUCGGCAGCCUGGAGGAGGAGUGGCGUGCGCGAAGGACCAAGGACGACGGCCAGGUGCAGCGGCUGCGCCGCGACCUCAAGCGCACCCGCGCCCUACUGACGGACGCGCAGGCGCAGCUGGAGCGAGCCAAGGCGGACACGCCGGGCAAGGCGGCGCUGCGGGGCCUGCGCAACCAGCUCGAGGACCUGGAGAUGGCGCGCGCGCAGGCCGUCAAGGCCCGCCAGCUGGCCGAGCAGGACCUGGCCGAGGUGCAGCAGCAGCUGGAGGACGCGCAGCGCCUGCGGCACGACAGCGAGGAGCGCGCCAACGCCGCCAACCGGGAGCGCGCCGACCUGCGCACCCAGCUCGAGGAGAACGAGGACGAGCUCGCCGAGGUGAUGAACAAGUACCGGGCCGCCGUGCACCAGCUGUCGGCCGAGCAGGCCACGCUGCAGGACAGCGUGGCCCGCGUGCUCGAGCUGGAGCAGGAGAACGGCUCCCUGCAGGACCAGCUGGCCGAGAUGACCCAGCGGCUGGCGAGCGCCGAGACGCUGGGCGACCCCAGCAGCUCGCUCACCGCCAAGCGGCUCGAGCUGCGCUGCAAGGAGCUCGAGUCCCGCCUCGAGCUGGAGCAGACCACGCGCGCGCGCCUCGACACACAGAUCUCGCGCCUCAAGGAGACCGUCGACAAGCUCCAGAGCGAGACGAGCCUGCUGCGCGCCCGUGAACAGUCCGCCCAGGACCAGGCACGCAAACUGCAGAGGUGAGUCCA